AUGAGCACUGCUUAGUAAAGAAUUCAAGAUUUAACUGAUCCAAGUUAAGCAUUUGUUGACUGCAUUUUAGCAUUUUCCAGAAACCUAGAAGCUGAUAAUGUCUCUGUGGAGCUGCAGGAUUUAUUUUUCAAAUUUGCAGAGGGCAGAAACACUCUGCCUGAAAAAUGUGGGCAAACAGUUAUUGAUUCAUUUUUAGCAAUAUUGGUGUCAAUCAUUAGUUUCAACUAGUAUCAGAAAACUGCAGUGAGAGCACUUAAGAUACUCUUUGAAUUUCUUAAAAAUGUUAUUCUAGCCCAAAGAGAGGAGGAUGCAGAUAUGGGUUUGGACUUCGCAACAUUUCUGUUGAGAUAUCACAGAGAUUUGGACUAUGCUGACUUCUCAGAUGACCCACUUGUUACUCACAAGAUAAAAAGAGCAGAAACAUAUAGAAGCUGGGCAGAUAUUGAAGAUCUAGCCAAUGGAUUUGAAAGUCUGUCUACUAAUAUUGAGCAGCAUCAAGUUACUGCUGCCAACGCCUUCUAAGAACUAUACAACUAUAUUGAAAAGACGAAGAAAGAAAUGCAGGCAAAAGACGAUGAGACUAAGACCUAGAUUCUUUAUGUGAAAGACGAUUUAAGGAGACUAAUGGGAGUUUACAAUCCUGACAAAGAUGAAGUGCUUAAGGACUUCAGCCAAGUCAAGAGUUAAGUUGGCGAUUUCUUAUCUGAAAAAGUCAGGAGUCUUGAAGUUUAAAUUGAGGAUAAACUAACUAAGAGAAUAGAAGCAUUAGAAAAGGGCAUACAACUUGGCAUGGCUACUAAUCAACAGCCAAAAAUUAAUAUAAUUACUAAUCCUGGGGGGCAAGGUGGAGACCAAGUUGCUUAGUAAUUAGCUCAGAUGAAGAGCUAGUAAGUUUCAAGUAACUAGUCGCAAAAGCAAUUAAAUGACAUCAACAAUAUGAAGCUGGAAGAAUCAUUGAGAGAUCAUGUGGAAAUCCUUCAAACUCUGAAUGCCAAAUUGAACAAUCACAUCUAGCAGUAGAACGAGCAGAGAGUUUUUAUCAAUGAAAGAUUUGACAAGCUAGAAAAAGUUGGAUUAAACAGGGAAAUCGAAAGCAUACCAGCUAAGUAUGAUUUGAUUCAAUACGAGUCUACUUUAAAGAAGAUCAUAAAUGAUAUCGAGAGCAUAAGAAAUGACUAGAUAGCCAGCAAGGAAUUGGAAAAUGUCAAGAGUCAGGAGGUAGAUGCCUUCUUCAAAAAGACUGCUAAUGAGUACUUUAUAAAGUUAAGGCAGAUCGAAGAAGAAGUCAAGUCAUACGAGAAGUCAAUAUACAGAAUGGAGAACAAGAUUAGCAUUCUUGAGCAGGAGAUAGUUGAUCUGAAGAACAUGCGCAAAAAUAACGCUAGAUCUCAGUAGUUGAUCAAUAUUACGCCUGACUACACUGAGAAGUUUGACAUACUCGUUGAUGAAGUCAACUAACUUUGGAGUUUCCUUCAGAGAUUCAUCGACGAGUCAGUCAUUGAUGCAAUCAGCGUAAUCAAAUCUCCUGAUCAUGCCUUCAAAGAAAAGAUGAAUGAGAUUGAGUGGCUGGCAAGGAAUGCGGAGUUCCUAUCUCCAGACUCAAUCACUAAAUGCCUAAUGUCUUUUAAGGAGCUAUAUAAUACAGAUAACAUGCCAACGAAGAAUGCUUACAUCAAUGCCAAGCAUACUUCUAAUUCAGUAAUAACUGUAGUGCAUUUGAUUGAGCACACUAAGAUGCUGAACAGAGAUGAUGAGACUAUGUCAAGAUUAGCUAUACUUGUGAGUAUCCUGGAGCCAUUACUGAUAAAUGAUAUGAAUCUUGAUAAAGCUCUCAAUGCUAAUGCUAUGGAACAGCUGCUAUCACUUUACUACUUGCCAGAUCAAUUCAAAAAUUCAGAGUUUGACAGUGAAUCUAGAAAGAAAUUCCCAAUCUAUUUGAAAUACACCUUAAGAUGUAUAACCUCUUGCGUCAGAUCUCCUCUUGGUGUGGCCUAACUCGUUAAAGUACAAACUUCUCUUGGGUAGAUCUUAGAAUUUCUUGAGAAAGUAAAAGAUGAGGAAAUUCUGGCUAAUUCAGCAAAGAUACUCAGAAUAGUCCUCAGAGAUGAUAAAUGGUAUGAGUUGGUGACAUCCUAGCAUUCAGACCUGGGCAAUACUUUGCUUGUUUCAAUUGAUAAAUACUCCUUCAGUGAAGUGGUUCUGACAGAACUACUGGCAGCAUUGAGAAAUUUCACAAGGGUCUCAACUAAAGUAGUAUACGUUGCAAAGACACAUAUUAAUCCCUUGAUAAGUUUAGCUAUAUAGCCACCUAAUGACAAGUAAAUUACAUCAUCUAAUAUCAUUUAAAUAGAGCGUAUCAACUUUCGGUAUAAUGCUUGA